AUGCUCCUAGUCACCGGUGUGAUACUCGCAGCUUUUUUAUCAAGGAAAACUCCAAGUGCAGCUCCCGUUACAUACAAUACUGCUUUGAGUAUUAUGAACAGCACUUUAGGGUUUGAAAGAGUGCUCGUUGUCUCCAAUGGGACUGCCUGGAGAUGGAAUGGCAUCCAAAAAGCAGCCAAUUUUACCGGCUUCAAAGUACAAGCUCCUACGCAACCGCACUGGUCGACCGCCGAUAUCGAUGAGUUUCGUGGUUCCGAUAUCUUCGGCCAUGAUAAGACGAUUCGUCGGGGAGAGGCACGAGCCUGGGUUUUACAUCUCCAAACUAUUUAUCAAAUUGUUCACUAUCGAUUUGCGACUACUUUGAUCUUAGAAGAUGAUGCAGACUGGGAUAUAUCUAUCAAACAGCAGCUAUCUCGAGUGGCCCCUUUGAUCCAUCAGGUCACAGGAUCUAACCAGAGGGGUGGAGAAAGCCCGUACGGAGAUGCGUGGGAUCUACUCUGGUUUGGCCAUUGCUAUGAUACCAUUCCAUCAACAAUCCCAGCGUCAUAUCUGGAUGAGACACUGCCUUCAUCGCCACUUUACCGUGAAAACAGCGGAGGGUAUACUUUGUUUCCGCAACGUCUUCGCAUGGUGUAUAUGUCUGAGGCUCCAGCCUGCGUUUAUGCCUAUGCUCUCACCUACAGCGCUGCAACCAAGAUCAAUCAACUGGCGCGUGAAUUUGCAGGUCACCCCGUGAAAAAGCACAUAUCAAAGCAAUACCGUGAUUGGUGCAAGCAAGGCAUUCUUCGGUGUGUUACGGUCAAUCCAGAGCUUUUCCACGACCAUAAACAGGCUGGAGAGCUUGGGAGUGAAGUCAAGGCUGUGGAGGGGCUCCCCGGCGCAAGAUCGCCCCAGAACGUCUCAUACACACCAAACAUCAGAUAUAGCGCCUGGUGUAAUAGCAACUCUGCAAAACUGGUGACUUGCCAAGCGGAGAACGGGGAUGAGAGUAGUUUGCAAAACUGGUGCUGA